AUGAAGCAAAUGAUCUUAAAUACCAAGGAGCCAUUAUUGAUAACGAACCAAAUGAAAUGUAAGUUAAUAUCAUGGAGUCUCCAGGACUGGAAAAAUGAAUUAGAUACUAAAUUGCUGAAGUUUCGAUGUGGAAAAAAUGAAUAUACAGAGGAACCGCAAUGGGAGUCAAAAACUGUAGUUAAGUCUGCAACGUUACAAGAUUUUUUAAAUAAUAUUAAUUCCAACGAAACUGAAUGGUGGUAUUUUGAUUAUAAAUAUAUGUUCGAAUGGUUUAAUGAGAACGACAAUUUUAAAGAAAAAAUAGACUGGUCCCCACUGGGAUUUCCUGAAUUAAGUUAUAAAGAUUCAACAAUAUGGAUUGGUUCAAAAGGAGCCCAUACUCCUUGUCAUGUUGAUACUUAUGGAUGUAAUGUGGUAUUACAAGUUUUCGGAAGGCUACAGUUAAAAUUGCAAUCUAAACGAGACUUUCUUCACCAAAAAAUCAAAAAGUGUAUAUGA